UCUACGCGUUCCUGUUAGUUAGUGCUACGGUUUUGAUUGUUCCAUAUAUUUAUUUCUUUAUUAUCCCUGUGAUAGUUUCGUGAGGGUGGUUAGGUUAGUGGGAGUAAUAUGCACCAGGGUACACUUAAAUUGUUCUCUGAAUUUGUUGUCUUAGUUUGUAGUUUCAACCUUUAUACACUUGGUUCUAUUUUAUUGUGUAUAGCAGUGGCACUACAAGUAGUAAACAAAUAUGAAAAUGGUGUAGUAGGACUAUGAAAUAUUGGACAUUAUUAUAAUUGAGAAUUGAGAAUUAGAUGCCAUGAGAUUAUGUGCUUUAUACAUAUUUCAUAAAGACUAUUGCACUUGUAAUACCCCCUGUAAUAGUAGUAAUAUAACUUAGUACUCAUGAGUCACCUUGACCUUUCCCCCUAAUGGGAAAAGACUCUUACUGUUAUUGUUUAGUUCUGUCCUUAAUUCAGUGAUUAAAAUGUGUGAUCUUGUAGAAAAGUUUAUCGACUUGUUUAGGAGUUAAAAAUUUGCUUUGGUUUUCAUUAAUCUUCACUGAAACAAAACUUGUUCUAGAUCUCUCAUGAUCAAGUAAUGUUGUUUAAUAUUCGAUGCUUUUAAUGGUUGAAUGUUACAGGUCCAGGUUGCCGAUAUAGAAUAGAUUCAGAUUAGGUCAGGAGACGAAAUUAGCCUAACGGUAUGCCUUUUCUAUUGUAUUUUGGUUUAAAAUGGCUUAAUCAUGAUAUUUUAGUGAAUGAUCAUAUAUGCAGCACAUAUUCAUUUAUUCAUAUGUCGAUUUUGAAGUUGUUCAUGGCAGUGCACCCCUUCUUUUCCUUUCCUUAUUCAUUUAUUGCAAGGAAUGUUAAACAACCUUAUUGCAUAAUUCAUCUUAAAUAUGCUUAUUUUUGGAAUUUUGUUAUUUUUUUAUGCUUCAUUCUUUAAUUUCCCUUGUCCUACAGGGAAAUUUAAUUGGUCGAGGUGUGGUUGAUUUUUGUGAAGGAGGACCUCCCGGAAAGGGUCAGCCUAAUGCUUUAACGCAAUCAGAGAAACUAGAUUUAUGGGGUAGACUCAAGAUUUUAAGUUUCACGAGAAUGGCGUUGUCAGUUCGGGCAACAGUAAUGCUUAGCUUGUAUACAAAAGUUCAAGUCAAUAUACUAGGAAGGCAUAUAUACAUUGAUACCGUACGAAGCUUUGAAAGCUCUUAUUUAACGGAAAAUCUUGGUCGCAUUCGUAAGACUUUCGCUGACUUCACCAGCUUGAAUCACUAAGUAGUUAACAUACUACUUCUGUCGGGUGGACUCCAUCAAUGCUUUUGAGCCUCAUGAAGAUCACCGAUGAAAUUUUGUUAUUUCUAGAUAUCUGUUUGUUGUGAUGAAAUUUUGUUACUAUGUUGAAAUAUUUGAAUUUAAUUGAAAAUGAUUUAAUAGUUUAAUUUUAA